AUGAAGCUAGGACUUAGCAUAGGCUAUUCAGGUGGUGAGAUGCGGCUACCGGUAGAAAAGGUGCAACUCGCGGAGCGGUUGGGCUAUGACAGUGUCUGGACGGCAGAGGCCUAUGGUUCUGACGCGUUGUCGCCAUUGGCUUACCUGGCCGCCAAAACCGAGCGCAUUCGGCUUGGUACCGGUGUUAUUCAACUUGCGGGGCGAACACCCGCAAAUGCCGCUAUGACCGUUGCCACCAUUGAUGCCUUGGCGGGUGGCAACCGUGUGAUCUGCGGCAUAGGCGUUUCCGGACCGCAAAUAGUUGAGGGCUGGUACGGCCAGCCUUGGGGGCGGCCUUACUAUCGGCUGAAAGAUUACGUCACCAUUAUGAAAAAGAUUCUCGCCCGGGAAGAACCUGUGGUGCAUGAAGGCAAAGAAAUAUCUUUGCCGUUCAAUGGUGAAGGUGCCAUGGGGGUUGGCAAGCCGCUGAAAUCAAUCCUGCACAUGAAUCCCGAUAUCCCCAUUUGGCUCGGCACCGGUAUGGAGUCAACGGUCAAACUGACGGCAGAAGUUGCUGACGGUUGGCUGCCGUUGGGGCUGGUGCCGGAAACCUGUAAGACUUAUGAACCCUGGAUAGAAGCUGGCCUCGAAAAAUCGGGCAAGAACCGUUCUCAGUUCGAAACUCAGGGCGGCGCGGCAGUGGUCGUGACCGACGAUGUACAAUCCGCGCUGGAUCGCAUGAAGCCGGGCAUCGCUUUAUACGUUGGCGGUAUGGGCCACAAAACGAAAAACUUCCACAAAGAAAUGAUGAUCCGUCGCGGCUUUGGUGAAGCUGCGGAGCGCAUACAGGAACUUUAUCUAGCUAAGCAAAAGCGCGAGGCCAUUGAGGCAGUGCCGGACGAAUUUGUCGAUCAGGGUGCUCUGGUGGGAGAUAAAACGCGGAUUCAAAAGCGCUUUCGAGAUUGGGAGGACAGCGGUAUCACCGGCUUGACAGUCAGCGGCAACGAAGAAGCCCUGCGCCUGAUGGCGGAUCUGGCCAGGCUCAAUGUCGAGCCCUCUGCCUAG